AUGAACGAUAUCAGUCAUUUUAAUAAAAACUUUCGGGAUAUGAGAUUUACUCUUUAUAACGAUUAUACUAAUGAAGGCGGCGCGAUCUUUCGAUUCCGGACCAGCAAUGCUCCACGACGCGUAUGCGGUAAAGUUGCUACUCUUGGCUUUGGCUCUAACCUCUUUAAAGUCUACUGUGUAGUCAUCAAAUUUCAAGGAAAGGAUAAAGAAGAAGCAAAAACUUUUAUGGAAGAACAUGGUCUUCAUAUUCGAACGAUGACACCUUUAAAAGAAGAUAACGAUCAACAGGCACAACUGAGUGGUAGAGACUUUGUCAAAUUUCUUGAGGAAGUAGAGUUUUAUGCGUUAAAAGAGAAGCAUAAUUUUUAUACAUCCUAUCUUAUAACUGUUACGAGGUCUUCUAACAGUCAAAAACCGAAAACUCAAGAAUUAAGGGAGUUCUAUGAAAAAAAGACCGAAAAAACCCGAAAUGUGGAUAAAUAUUGCUCGGUUGUAGUCAAACUUGGUGUUCUUAUGAUUAAUGCUGCUAAAAAGCUAUCAAAACUAGACUAA